AGACUCCAUGAGCAAUUGAGCAUUGAAAGUGCUGUCAAACACGAGAACCCUAAUCCAAAAUUCAGAAUGUAUUGUAGGAAAAACAAGUAAAUAGAAAAGAGAUCGUAAUUGUGGCCUUCGUAAUCGUAUGCAAGCAAAUUUGCGCCAGUAGGAAGAUUCUCUGAAGCAACGCUACCAUAUUCCCUGUCUUUUAUUUUUACAAUAUCGUUUGUUUUUGGUCUAAUUCUACCGAUCCAACACCAUCUCCUGUUCUUUCUGUCAACGGAGAAAAAAAGGGGUUUCAUCGUUGCCCCAAUUUCAUAUAUACAUCAUAAAGGUUAACAACUAGAAGAAGAUACAUAAAAAAGCAGUCGAUUGAAUUUCGGCAGCCAUGGGACAAGUUUUUCGCAAGCUCUUCGAUGCAUUCUUCGGCAACAGCGAGAUGCGGGUUGUGAUGCUGGGGUUAGACGCAGCAGGGAAGACAACCAUACUGUACAAGCUGCACAUUGGAGAAGUUCUAUCAACUGUCCCUACUAUUGGUUUCAAUGUGGAAAAAGUUCAGUACAAGAAUGUGAUGUUCACGGUUUGGGAUGUUGGUGGGCAAGAAAAGCUAAGGCCCUUGUGGAGGCAUUACUUCAAUGACACAAAUGGAUUGAUUUAUGUUGUUGACUCUUUGGAUCGAGAGAGGAUUGGCAGAGCAAAGGCAGAGUUUCAGGCUAUUAUCAAUGACCCUUUCAUGACCAACUGUGUCAUCUUGGUGUUUGCAAACAAACAGGACAUGAAAGGAGCAAUGACAGCUAUGGAGGUGUGUGAAGGGCUGGGGAUGUAUGAACUGAAAAACAGGAAAUGGCAUAUACAAGGCACGUGUGCUCUUAGAGGAGAUGGUCUAUACGAGGGUCUGGACUGGCUGGCUAGCACCCUAAAGGAUAUGAAGGCGGCUACCACCUCAUCAUCUUUCUGAUUAAAACCAAACCAAACCAAACCAUGAAUGAAUGAAUGAAUACUCUCAUCACCCAUGUUUUUUCUUCUUUCUUUCUUUUUCUUAAGUAUGAUAUGUAUAUUCAGAACAUAUAUCAGAGGCUUGGAUGGACGCAUGGCACCCUAUUGGCAUAAUGUAAAGAAGAAAAAUUACUGCUACUGCUGUGUGUGUGUGUGAGUGGGUGUUUUGUUUUAUUCAGAUCUCUAAUCAGUUACCACGUAUUUUCUUUUCUGUCA